GCUGGCUCUUUACACAGUGUGGGGAGCUGUAGGUAGAGGAGGGUUUACCUCCAGCAUACCUGACUGAAGUUUCGGGUUGGUGAAGGGUAGCUCUUCAAUGUAAAUCAUCUAACAAGGCCAACUGAUAUGUGUUCAGUUAAACAAGAGAAAUGAAAUAAUCGUGUUUUCGUGAUGAAGUCGAGGAGUUGACUGGAAAUUAUGUCAUAGCAGCAGUGAUAAUUGAAGUAGUGGAGGUGCCGACAGAGAUACAGCGACAGUGAUGUAAGGAAUAAGCAUGGAAGUUAUAUGACAAUUCCAAGCACGGACACAUUGUUUUGCUUAUAGAUGAAGUAUUGAGUGGUGAGGAAUUUAAGUGUUUUUGCCAUGGCUGUGUAAUAGACAUGCUCCAGGCAGUUGAGAAAAUACAUAUUUUUUUGAGUGAUUUUAACAGGUAGCCUGUAAACUCUGGGCUAUAACCUAACAAUUUCACAUCCUAACAGGAUCUCACAAUAAAACGUGUUGGAUACCUGAAUGAGAUAGCUCAAGUACAAUGGACCAUGAGAAAUAUGUGACUUUAGUUAUAUUUAUAAGCCUGUGACACACACACAGGUAUUUAUAUUGGUGUGAACCAUUUAGAAUUUAAAUCAUAUUGAACUUAAUACUUUGGAAUGCUUUGGAGACGAGGACGGAUCACCAUUUGAAUGGUAUAUUGAUUUUUUCAAGGAUUCCAGGUAAUUAAUUCUUUAUGGUGUAGAAUAGAGUGUUACGUAGAUGUUUAUAAUUUACCUGUACACGCUAAGACAAAUAGGAUUGGAGAGGAUUUUCUACAUUCAUUGACCAGAUAUGCGUGUUUGAAGAAGUGUCACAGAUGAUUUGUUUGCCAAUGGAGAUGAAUGGCAUGUUUGAGUGUUGGCGGUGUGGAUGAUUGCUGGAGCGGCAUACACAUACACACCACGGACUUCUACUCCUCUCAGGUCAAUACUAGUAUGAUAACCUACCUGUCUACCAGGUAAUUCCCCCAGGAUAGAGGGGUUUGUUCUCAGGAGGAAGUUGUAAGAGAUUAUGACGUCCUUGUGUCCAUAGACUUGUGUAUACUUAUAACGGGAUGAAGUCAUACCUUGUGCUUCCAAAAAUCAAGUGGACUGUCACAAAUCUGACAUUCCAAACUUAUGCCUAUGCUUAACUACAAUUCACCGGUUCAUGACGGGGAAGUGUGGUCUUUUUCAUUCAUGACGACUUGAGUAAUACUGCCUUUUAUGAGGGGCGUGUGAUCAGGAUGUUUGUUAUCUUGACAAUAAGACUAUUGUAUGACAGUCUUUUGCACUUGUAACAUUAUGAUUGCAAUCAGCAUAGCUUGUACAAUGAAAGCACGACAGCAGUUCUGUUUAAAACCUAUUUAGGAAUGAUGAGGACCCCAAUAUGAUUCUGCUGUAGUUUUGCCUGGGAUUAUUAAGUGGUAAAAUCACACUGCCUGGAUGAAGGAUAAAAUGCCGAGCAAAGGCAAAAAGAAGGUGGGAUUUGCAGAGGACCUUCCGGAUAGUCCAGAAUCUGGAGGUCGAGAAGGACGGAGUAGAUCUCGCUCUCGAUUCCGUGUCCGCAGAUCUAAGUCUCAAGAUGUUAAGUCAACAACCCCUAAGGAAAAUAUUCCCCGAAAGCGGGAACACAGCUUGGUGGCCCUGGUACGAACAGGGUCCAGGAACUCUGUACGGCACCUCGUCAAGAUGUUUGAGACUAAAACCUACACGAUGAAUGAGGGCAGAAAAAGUCAAAUUGUACUGCCAGAUGAAAGGAUAUUGGAUAUUCUUAUACAGCCAAAAUUGAACACAAAAGACCUGUUAGAUCUGGUAGCAUCACAUUUUAAACUAAAAGAGAAAGAAUAUUUUGGGAUUUAUUAUCUUGAUGAGACAUCUCGAGGGAACCAUAACUGGCUGAACCCUGAUAAACGAGUACUGGAACAUGACUUCCCUAAGAAAGUCAACAUAUUAGUUCUAUUUUUUGCAGUUCGAAAUUAUGUCGAAACCAUUGCCAACCUUCGGGAUGCAGCUACCGUAGAAUUGUUUUACCUCAAUGCGAAACAAGCAAUAUUCACAGGCCAGAUUGAAUGUGACACUGAGACUGUGUUUGAGUUAGCAGCCUAUGUACUACAGACUAACUAUGGAGAUUAUGUAGAUGAUGCCACCACGCGGGAUGACCUUAGAAAACUGCCUGUGAUACCUACCAGUGCCUUGAAGGAGCACCCUUCCAUAGCAUACUGUGAGGAACGAGUUAUUGAAUACUACAAGAAACUUGUGUGCACCUCCAGGGGUCUGUCUAUUGUAAAUUAUAUGAGCAUAGUGGAAGCACUGCCUACAUAUGGAAUACACUAUUACGAAGUAAAGGAUAAAAAGGAGAUUCCUUGGUGGUUAGGAGCAAGCCACAAGGGGAUAUCAGUGUAUGACAAGACAGACAAAACAACACCUAGAAAGAUAUUUACAUGGAAGCUUUUAGAAAAUCUAUACUACAGAGAUAAGAAAUUUUCGAUUGAAGUCCAUGAUCCAAAACGAGUGUCAGUGAGUCGGCGGACAUUUGGUCCAGGGAAUGUUGUUGUCCAUGCUUGGUUUGGGGCCACACCACAGCUGACAAAAUGUAUCUGGUCUAUGGCCGUAGCACAACACCAAUUCUAUCUCGACCGCAAACAUAGCAAGGUUAACCUUCCUUGUGUGCGGAGUGUCAACGAAAUUGCUGCCGAGUUGUCACGGAGUACAACAUCUCUAGGCUCACUUGGGUCAGACGGGAUAAGUCGCAGCGGCAGCUCAGCUAGUCUACCGAGUCUGUCCACGUCCAGAUUUGACUUGAACAUCCCAGAGCACGUAGACGCACUGAAGGCCCAGAGGGAGAUGUACCAGGCUUUGAAAGCCCGCCGAGAGGCUCUUGAGGAAUCCCUCCGUAAGCGUACAGAGGAACUGAAGCUUCUCUGCAUCAAAGAAGGGGAGUUGACUGGUAAGCUUCCGAAGGAGACCCCCCUGGCCCCUGGAGAGCAGCCCCCACAGAUUCGCAGACGUGUAGGAACAGCUUUUUCCUUAUCCACCAAGAAUGAUGAUGACCAGGUGUCAAGUAUUGAGUUGGAGUAUGAGCUCCAGAAGCAGAUCACCAGCGCUGCCCACAAGCUGUCCCAGGACAAGAAUGUCAGCAAAUACGUCCGCAAGCAACGACGCCAGUCCUUCCAUCGUGCUCAGACCAAGCUCAAGGAGAUGGAGAAGAAGCUACAAGAGAGCCAGCGGGAGGCUGGUUUGGCCGAGGUGACCCCAUCAACACCAUCAUAUGAUGAUUUAGAAAGUCCUACAAAGUCUCCAGAGCAACUUCGUCGCCAACAGGAAUAUGAUCGGGAGGGUGAUUUGGACUUCCCUCCUAUGAUGCAGAGAUCUGCCACGGCCAGAGAACUAUCACCAACACAAAGCUCUCCUGCACAACUCAGUCCUACCCUCAGCAGUCCCCAGCUGUGUGGAGAGGGUCGUGGCCAAUAUAACAGAAAGGUCUGUUCUCCAGUAUUGGCCAAUCGCUCACAGUCCUCAGGAAGCAACAUGUCUAACCAGUCAGAGUAUGAGAAUGUUCGUGGCUAUAACCGCUAUGACAGUCAGGAUAGCGGGUUCAGCUCAGCAAAUAACAUGUAUAACUUAAUGACUCAACGUACGUCACACUAUGAUAGUACGGACGAGAUCAAGACACCCACCAACAAGGAGCCACACCCUGAUACUGACAGUGUGUUUAGUAAUGACAGAAUUGUGCAGUCCAAACAUGGUAGUUUGGAUGGUAGCUAUAGAAAAUCAUUGACUUCUCAACAAAGUUACGGAAGCUUAGAACGAAAUUCUAAAAAAAGGGAUCAACAUCCCAGUAAUCGACCGCGAGAUAGACAGCAUAGUGACAGUGACACUCAUAUUCCUGUUGUAGAUUUAGAACCUUCUAAAUAUGGGAGUAAACGAUCCUCACAAUCGGAGUACGACUUGACAACGCCAAGAAACAGUGUAGUUGAGGUGCCUGUAUCGCAUGAGGAGUAUCACUCAACGUCGCAGAAGCCAGAGCAUAGCUGGCAGGACACGGCACAAACGGAGCCGUCUCCUAUUGUGCAGAGCCCUCAACACAUGCGACAGGAGAGUAAAGACAGUGUUUAUUCAGGACAGUGUUAUAGCCCUCGUAUAUACGAAGGCUCAUUCCAAAGUCAUAGUGACGUGCAGUCAGCCGACCAGGCAGGCACAACGACCAAGAGGACAGAAUCUCACCAACACAAGAAACAUCCAAGUGCUUUAGUAACUGUGACAAAGUUAAACCCCCACCAGAGUGUGGAGUUGGUGUCAAAACCAUUUGAAAUGUCAGACUUCUAUAAAUACAGUGAAAAGAUUCGGCGACAGCGGAUGAUAGAACAGUACCAGCAGCAGCUGAUGGGGGGCUCGCGGUGUUCCACACCCUCCCAGCACUCAUCAGAUUCAGGGGAAACCUCCCACUCAGGUUCUACCUCAUACCGCCACCCUUCAUAUAUACAGGGCUCAUCAGGGCAGGGCUCUCCAUCACAGAGUCCUUUCAGGGCAGGUCCCCCUACAAACUUUGCCACAGCUAGUCGACAGAUGUCACCCUACCUUGCCCACAAGCGAGAAGGAUAUGACCAGUCGUCACCGUUUCCUAGUCAUGCUUCACCAAAGCUAGUUAAAGAACACAGUACUCACGUGCAAUAUACAGUGCAGACAGCGACAGGAGGACGUGUUUAUAAAUCUGUGCAGACAACCACACAUACACAGUACAAACCUUUAACACCUCAAAAGUGUGACCCAGUGAGGAACCAGACUGCCACCCCUGUGACCUCUGCACCAUCCACUCGCACACCCAGUGCAAGGCAUAGAGAAGUGAAAGACAUCAGGGACCAGAAAAUCCAGCGAAAAGCCCGGGAUAGAGAUCAUCGACGGAGCCAUGUUGAACCACAAGUGUCCUGUUUAGAUACAACAUUUUCUGCCUUAGAGCCUAUGGACAAUGUAGCUAAUGAUUUCAGUGAGGAAAUGAUGGCUUGGUAUGAUGAUAGUAGUAACAUCGGGAAGAAACCGUCCUAUGUAUGAUCUAAUGUGUUAUGUAGUCAAGUGCUAUACCUACAGACCAAUUUCUCUAAAACCUCUUUGAUAUAUAUUUCUCAAUUAUUAUAUUCUUUUGCCUGUUGUAACCAUUGUUAUGUAAUUAAUACCAUGAUAUCAAAAAAUGGCAAUUUCCCUUUUUUCUUCAUUUAGAACAAACCCAAGGAUAAAUUUAUUUGGAAUUAUCUCCCCUUUUUUUGUUAGAAGUCAGGGCUUUGAGUUAUUAUUUUUUUUUUUUUGGGAAAAUUUAAAUAACAACAAGGAAUAGCCAACAUAGAAAUGGUGAAAUCUUAAUCGGGAUCGAGUUUUAUCUCCUGAAGUGAUUUUAUUGUACACUGCAAUGUUUCUUAGUAUGAAAUCAGUAAAAAUUUUAUCCAUGAACAACACUUGAGAACAAAUAUUUUUUUAACUUGUAGUGUUCUUUUUAAGGUUUAGCAGAAACUUUGAAUUAGUGGAUUGUUAAAUUUGUGACUCUAUAUUUUUACGCUUCUUUUUUAAUGGACAAAUUUAUUCGUCUUAUAAUGGCAAUUCAAUUAGUGUGUAUGCACCUAGAUUAUAGAUUUUCAAAUUUGAUUCAUUAGUUUUUAAACUUAAUUCAGAUAUAAUUUUAUGAAAAGAUAAUAUUUGUUUACAACAAACUUGUCUCUGCUAUUUUGACAACAAAGAAAUAAUCAACAGUCUUGUCUCCAACAUCCAAAAAGGCAAAACUAUGUUGCAGAUACAUAGUAGACUGCAGUGAUUAUCUCCCUUUGAAUGAUUUGCCUGAUGUUGCUGGUGAGAGAUGUAUAUUUCCAGUCCUAUGUCUUCAGCAUUCAGAUGAAGUAUUUUUUGAGAUUAGACAUACCUAGUCAUAUCAAUAUUUUAUAACUAGAAUAUUAUUAAUUGAUAGAAGACUUUUGUGACUGCUCAAAUAUAUAUACAAAAUAUUCAGUAUGCUAUAUUGGGUGUGUUUAAGUAAGAAAAUAUACACUAUAGUUCGUGUUAGCAAUUUAUAAUAAUCUAGAGUCAGAGAGGUCAACUACCAUCAAGACGGACAACAGGUUUAAGCUUUAUAAAGGUCAGAAAAGCAGUGAUUAUUUUAGGACGGAAAUUUCUAGGAAUGUUUCGGAGCUAUGUCCCUGGAUUUUGUCUAUGGAGUGAUAGGAAAAAAAGAUCUUAUCAAUUUAUUAUGAGGAAAAACAAUAAUUUUAUAUGUAAAGUUGUACUGCAUGAGAUUUGAUGGUAAAAAGUGGUUUGAUUUGAACCGUAGGUAAAUUUAACAUAGACCAGGAAUUUGUCUCCAAUAGUAGUUCUUUCUGACCAGGACAUACUUAUUAUUACAAAUUUCGAGAUAUACCAGUCAUCUAUUUCGUUUGUUUGUAUUUUCAUAUCUAUAUUUAGGUCUCUGUAUUAUUGGACUAAUAGUUUGAGGAAAAUACACCAGUAGAAAAUUGAGAAACUACAUUAAGUGGCAGUGGAUAGAGAAAUCCAGUGUGUUUAUGUGGAUAUGUGGACACAGAUGUAUCAGGAGGAAAACACAACUGUGUGGAUAUUGUGGGGCGAGAGUGGUGGUUGUUUGACUACGUGUGGUGUUUGGGGAGUGUCAGUGUUAUAGCGGGUGUCUGGCAGAAACCUUUUUGAGUGAUAGCAGCACAUGUGUAUUAGAUAGUGAUGAAGUACUUGUUAGUCAUAUUUAAGUGAUGGCAGCUUGUUGGUGAGAUGUUAUGCUCUCAGUCUUUUUAAAACUUGAAAUAUAUAUAUUAAAAAUUCUAUAAGAAUCAAA